AACUUUUAAAUAAUCUAUACUCUACAGUGCCACUGCCGCUGUGCUUUAGCGGUGACGACUCUCCGCAAUUUCCCUCUCUCCCUUUGCCAUCAGAACGACGAAAAAGCUCUGAUAAUUACGGAACUUGGACUUGAUGACAUAUGAAGCUAAGCCUCAAAAGAUUUUUGCUGGAGGAACUGCCUUGAUAUAGAUGCUCGAGAGGAACAUAGCGAAGCACAUUCAUUCAAUUUGACAAACAUGUCUAUGCCAAAUGCUUCCCUCAUCUUUUUUCCCCUGAAGGGUCACCAUCAGUCGGAAACAUUUUGCAUCCUGUGAAAGUUGCAGUUUGAACCACAUGAAGGAUAGCAUGACUGGCGUAACCGGGGAAUCUUUAUCUCAAAACAACAGACCACAGAAGCUUGACAACCAUAGAGGCUUCUGCAACAAGGAUAUCAUUCCAGGGAGUCAAUUAUGGACGGAUGGACUUAUUUGCGCAUUUGAAUUCAUCCGAGUGCAUAAAAAGUUAGCUGCAUCAAAAUCUUCUUCAAAUAUCCGGUCAUCUCAUCAAGUCGAUGGUGUUAAUGUAAAGAAUCAAAACUCCGAUGGAGGUACACAGCCAACUUCUCAAAAAUUAAACCGGAACACACUUCUGGAAUCUGCACCCCUUAUUGAAUUGGAGAAUCAACACGCUGCCUAUUUGAACAUGGAUGGCCAGACCUCUCAAUCAGACAACUUCCAUCACAUUGAAAGAUGUGGAGGGAGUCAUUGGGCUCCAAUUGGAUGGGAUAGGAUUUCAGAACUUGUCCGAACGGUGCAAGUUGAUGAAGGAUGGGCCACUCAACACUUUGAAUUUAUGAAUGAUGAGGAUGACCUCACUGUUGCUGAUGUAGCUGCUCCAUACUGGGAAAGGCCAGCUGGGCCUACAUGGUGGUGCCAUCUUGCUGCAGGUCAUCCUGCUGUCGAGACAUGGCUCAGUUCUGCCCAGUGGUUGCAUCCUGCCAUCAGAAUGGCUUUACGAGAUGAAAGCAGAUUGAUAAGCGAUCGGAUGAAACAUCUCUUAUAUGAGGUCCCUGUGAGGGUCGCCGGAGGUUUACUGUUUGAGCUUCUGGGACAGUCUGCUGGCGAUCCUUAUGUUGAAGAAGAUGACAUCCCUGUUGUUCUUCGUUCAUGGCAAGCUCAGAACUUUCUUUUAACUGUUCUGCAUGUGAAGGGAUCUGCCUCAACGAUCAAUGUGUUGGGCAUUACGGAAGUCCAGGAAUUUCUUCUCGGUGGUGGUUACAAUACCCCAAGGACAGUACAAGAAAUCAUAGCAAAUUUAGCUUGCCGCCUGGCCCGUUGGGAUGACAGGUUAUUUCGGAAAUCCAUUUUUGGGGCAGCAGAUGAAGUGGAAUUGAAGUUCGUGAACAGGAGGAACCAUGAAGACUUAAAUCUUCUUGGUGUCAUUCUCAACCAAGAAAUCAGAAGGUUAUCAAGACAGGUUAUUAGAGUAAAAUGGUCUCUCCAUGCGAGGGAAGAGAUAGUUUUUGAACUUCUCCAGCAUUUGAGGGGAAAUCUAACAAAAAGUCUGCUGGAAGGAAUACGAAAGAGUACUAGAGAAAUGAUUGAAGAGCAAGAAGCAGUUCGUGGCCGCUUAUUUACCAUUCAAGAUGUCAUGCAAAGCACAACCCGCGCAUGGUUGCAGGAUAGAAGCCUUACAGUGACUCAUAAUUUAGCUGUGUUUGGAGGAUGCGGCCUCGUUCUUUCCAUUAUCACUGGGCUGUUUGGAAUAAACGUGGAUGGAAUACCUGGCUCAGAAAGCACGCCAUAUGCAUUCGCCCUAUUUGCAGGACUCCUCUUUUUCUUAGGUAUAGUGCUAAUUGCAGUAGGGUUGAUAUACCUCGGGUUGAAAAAGCCCGUGAAGGAAGAGCAAGUCGAAGUGAGGAAGUUGGAACUGAACGAGUUGGUCAAGAUGUUCCAGCACGAGGCGGAAACUCAUGCCCAGGUUCAUAAGCACGUCGCUCGGAAUAAUUUGCCCCCGACAGCUGGCGAUAGGUUCUCGGAAGAUGCUGCAGACUAUGUUCUUAUUCGUUGACGUUACGGUAGUGAUAUAAUGCAGUCUGUGCUUAAUAACUUAGUUGUUGUUUUCCGUCUAUAUUGCUAGAUAUUGUUAAAUUUCACAGCGAGAUUAGUAAAAAUGAGACUCGGAACAGUCUAUGAGAUGCUACAUCUGGCGGAAUACACCGAUGAUUUUGCACCAUAUAUAAAUCUACAUAAAUAACUACCAAUUAAGCGCACACUUACAUGUAGAUUAAUGGUCCGUCCAAAAUUACACGGUGUACGACACGGUUUUAUCUAUCCUACACCCGGUGAAGGUUACACCGGGUGAUUUUUUAC